AGACACCAUCGUGUUCCGUGUUGUGUAGACACCUGCCGCUCGGGUAUAAAGGCCGCCCCGGGAAGGAGCCUGCAGACACCACCGCCCUGCUCCUCCACAGCAGCCCAGCCCCACGCCAGCAUGUGCCACCCCAGCUGCUCCUCAGGCUGUCAGCCAUCCUGCUGCUCGCCCAGCCCCUGCCAGGCAUCCUGCUGUGUGCCUGUGAGCUGCCAGCCAGCCGUGUGCUCACCUGUGAGCUGCCAGCCGGCCGUGUGCACACCUGUGAGCUGCCAGCCGGCCGUGUGCACACCGGUGAGCUGCCAGCCAGCCGUGUGCACACCGGUGAGCUGCCAGCCAGCCGUGUGCACACCCGUGAGCUGCCAGCCAGCCGUGUGCACACCGGUGAGCUGCAAGCCAGCCGUGUGCUCACCUGUGAGCUGCCAGCCCUCCCUGUGUGUGGCCCGCACCUGCCAGUACUUCUUGCGCGUGCCUGUGAGGUGCGAGCCCACCGUGCUUGUGUCUGCCCCUUGCCAGUCCUCCGGGUGCUGCCAGCCCUCCGUGUGUGGGGUCCCCUCCUGCCAGUCCUUCGUGCGUGUGCCUGUGAGCUGCAAGCCUGCCAUACUUGUGGCCCCCUCCUGCCAGUCCUCUGGGUGCUGCCAGCCGUCCUGCCCCACCCUGGUCUGCAGACCCAUCUCCUGCAGCUCCCCUUGCUGCUAUUGACCGCGAGUCCCUUCUCAGCUGCAUCAGUGCAGACGGGUCCACACCUGUAGCCCUCCCGGAACGAGUGGGCCUCCAGCUUCUGCAAGCGGCAGAUGGAAAGCGUGCUCACCGACCCCUCUGAACUGCGUGGUGAGGAUGUGGCAGGAUGAUCUGGAUCCCUCCUUGACCUGCCCAUCCCCUCACGGAAGCCCUGGCUCCCAGGGUCCUUCUCUGUUUCCAGCAGGAAACCAACCUCCUUGUGAGCAAAAUAAAUUGUGAUUUCCAAUGCA